AUGACGUCGAUGACUGAUCUUACGCAGGAUUUGGUAGAAGAGAUAUUGUCCAAGGUUCCGAUAACUUCUCUUGGAGCUGUGAGAGCCACUUGCAAAGGAUGGAACACUUUAUCCAAAGAUCGGAUUCUAUGUACAGGAGAACCAAAACAGCAGUUUCUGGGGUUCACGAUGUUGGAUCAUAGGCUUUGUUCGAUGAGGUUCAACCUCCAUGGAAUCCUCAACGAAGAUGGUGAAGACUUGGUUAGUAUAUCAAUGUAUCAAGUCGAGAUAUCUAACGUCUUUUACUGUGCCGGCUUAUUGUUAUGUGUCAGUGUCACAAGGGACAAGUCAUCAAAGCUCGUCGUAUGGAAUCCGUAUUUAGGACAAAUCAGAUUGAUCGACGUCAAAACAGAAACAAAAUCCACGUAUGCCCUUGGAUAUGACAAGAUAUUGAGGUUUUUUGAUGAUGACCAGGGCUACUACGAAGUUUAUGAUUUGAAGUCUAAUUCAUGGAGAGAUUUUCGUGUCAUUCCCAACUGGGAUAUAAUCUGUUAUCGGCAGGGUUUAUCAGUAAAUGGAAAUACUUACUUUUGGACCACAGGAGAUUCCGAUGAAGAUGAAACCAAUGAUUUCUUAAUCUGCUUUGAUUUUACGGAAGAGAGAUUUGGAAAGUUUCUUGAUCUACCGUUUCAGCCGCCUGAUGAUUAUGAACAUUUUGGACAUGCUGGUACUCUAUCUUGUGUUAAAGAAGAGAAACUCGCUGCGUUAUAUCAACACUGUGAUGCAUUGCAUAUGAUAGAGAUUUGGGUUACUACUAAGAUAGAGCCCAGUGCGGUGUCAUGGAUCCCCUUUUUAAAAGUUGAUUGUGAGCCAAUCUUUCUUUCUAUUUUUGAGUCUGAUGAAGAUUACGACAGUUUCUUCGUUGACGAAGAUUACGACAGUUUCUUCGUUGACGAAGAGAAGAAACUCGCCGUGGUUUUUAGUUCAUGCAGCGACGAACCCAAAGGCUACAAAAAAGCUUAUAUCAUUGGAGAAGAUAGUUACUUUAAAGAAGUGGAUCUUGGAGAAGUUAAAGCAUAUCGUAGCCCACUUGUGUGUUCUAGCUCUUAUGUUCCCAGUUUAGUGCAAAUUAACCAAACUGCAGGACCUAAAAAGAGAGAGAAUAAGAAGAAG